AGAGAGAGGAAAAAAAAAAGAAAACGAAAAGAGCUUCUUGACCCCUCAAAAAUCCUCUUCUUUAAGAAAUCAAGACAAGCAAGUCAGAGAUAGAAAGAAAGAAAGAUUGAAAUGAACUGAUUUAUUGAGAAGCCAAGAAAAUGGAAAGCACAGCACCACAAGCAGAAGAGCUCCUAAAAAAAAUCCAACAACUUGAAGCGGGACACCAUCAUCUUCAACAACAAAUGUCAAAGCUCAAGCUUUCCUCUACUACUACCGAUCCAAAACCAACCCAACAAAGGUCCCAUUCUAUAUCUCCACAAAGGUCUGGUCCCAGGAAUCGGGUUGCUGGUGGGCCAACCGGGUCGAGUUUUGAGGCUGCUUGGAAGAAGGGUUCUGCUUCAUUUAGACAUUCAUCGCCUUUACAGAGAGAAAGUAGAAGUUUGAAUAGUAAUAAUGCUAGCGAUGGUCACAGUAAUGGUGGUGGAGAAGGAGGAGAUGGUAAUAGAGGAGGACCUUCUUCUGUGAAGUUUACUGAUAAACAAUAUUUGAAUAUAUUGCAGUCCGUGGGACAGUCUGUUCAUAUUUUUGAUCAUUCAGGUCGUAUUAUUUACUGGAACCGAACAGCCGAGAACCUUUAUGGUUAUUCAGCUGCAGAAGCUCUUGGUCAGGAUGCUAUUGAGCUGCUAAUUGAUUCUCGGGAUUAUGCAGUGGCAAAUGGUAUUGUUCAACGAGUUAGUAUGGGGGAGAAAUGGACAGGGAAGUUUCCGGUUAAGAAUAAAAUGGCGGAGAGGUUUACAGUUGUUGCUACUAAUACUCCUUUAUACGAUGAUGAUGGUGCUUUGGUUGGGAUUAUUUGCGUGUCGAGUGAUUCACGACCUUUUCAAGAAGUGGGGGUUGCAUUGUUGGAUUCGAGGAACUUGGAAGCAGAGUCAAGCAAUAGUUCGCCCAGGAAUAUCGUCAUGAGCAAACUUGGUCUUGAUUCUCAACAGCCCUUGCAAGCAGCAGUAGCGUCAAAAAUAUCAAAUUUGGCAUCCAAGGUGAGCAACAAAGUCAAGUCCAAAAUCCGGCCGGGAGAGAACAGCAUGGAUCGUGAAGGAGGGAGUGGGGACAGUCACUAUUCUGACCAUGGGUACUCAGAUGCAGCUCUAUCUGACCAUCGGGAGGAUGCAAAUUCUAGUGGAGCUAGUACGCCAAGAGGAGAUGUACAUCCAUCUCCUUUUGGUGUAUUUUCCCAUCUUGACGACAGGUCACCAGCACAAUCAUGCAGAGAAUCUGGUGAUGAGAGCGAAGGAAAGCCUGCAAUUCACAAGAUCUUUACCUCAAAGGCAGAAGCAUGGAUUGGUAAGAAAGGGCUGUCAUGGCCCUGGAAAGGGAAUGAAAAGGAAGGCUCAGAAGCAAGGACUACACGUUUUGGGUGGCCUUGGUUGCAAAAUGAUCAAGAGAGUGAAACAUUUCAUCAGAGAAGUCCCUCUUCCGGUGCAAAAUCUGAAAGCCAUGUCAGUGAAAGUAAUCGGCCUGCCAAUAAUGAGGCCUCUGGGUCCUGGUCUUCUUCAAUUAAUGUUAACAGCACAAGCAGUGCCAGUAGUUGUGGAAGUACCAGCAGUACUGUGAAUAAGGUGGACCCGGACACUGAUUGCUUGGAUUAUGAAAUAUUAUGGGAAGACUUGACUAUUGGAGAGCAAAUUGGGCAAGGUUCUUGUGGAACUGUAUAUCAUGCCCUGUGGUACGGAUCAGAUGUUGCUGUCAAAGUAUUCUCCAAGCAAGAGUAUUCAGAUGAUGUUAUACUUGCAUUUAAACAAGAGGUAUCUCUCAUGAAGAGACUCCGGCAUCCGAAUGUUUUGCUCUUCAUGGGUGCUGUGACUUCACCUCAGCGUCUCUGCAUUGUUACAGAGUUCCUCCCACGUGGAAGUUUGUUUCGCUUACUGCAGAGGAACACAACCAAACUAGAUUGGAGACGGCGUGCUCAUAUGGCAUUGGAUAUAGCUCGAGGUAUGAACUAUCUUCAUCAUUACAACCCGCCUAUCAUUCAUCGUGAUCUGAAGUCUUCAAAUCUCUUAGUUGACAAGAACUGGACUGUAAAGGUUGGAGAUUUUGGUUUAUCACGUCUAAAGCAUGAAACUUAUUUGACAACAAAGACCGGGAAGGGAACGCCUCAAUGGAUGGCACCCGAAGUUCUCCGUAAUGAACCCUCCGAUGAAAAGUCUGAUGUAUACAGCUAUGGAGUGAUACUCUGGGAGCUUGCCACUGAGAAGAUUCCUUGGGAUAAUCUCAACUCAAUGCAGGUGAUUGGAGCUGUAGGGUUCAUGAACCAACAGCUCGAGAUUCCAAAAGAUGUGGAUCCACAGUGGGCUUCUAUAAUUGGAAGUUGCUGGCACAGUGAUCCACAGUGCCGUCCAACUUUCCAGGAAUUGCUGGAAAAGCUCAGAGAUCUUCAGAGACAAUAUGCCAUUCAAUUCCAGGCAGCCCGUUCCGCAGCUGGAGAUAACACACAGAAGGAACUGUAGGUCAGAUAUAUGCUUGUCUCAUUAGCAUGGCCGCAGAUUGGAAUGACUUUGCUUUCCAAAAGGCUCGUGUCUACCCCCAAGUGCUGGUGAAGAGAAUGUUUACUAGGAUAGCCCACGGAUUGCCACUAAAGCCAUGUGGUAUUGGCAUGGAAAAGCUCGCCCCAGAUAGACUAAGAAAAGGAAGGGAAGAGGAGAGGGUAGUUGACAUCAUUGUGAGCUGCCUGAUUUUUUAUGGUGAUUGGGUGGGUUGGAUGUUUGUUUAUUUACUAACAUGGUUAAAAUCUUCGACAUCCGUCAGUAGUGCCGUGUGAUUGGAAUUGUGUUGGUUGGAUUCAUGCAAACCCAUUAGUGAUUUCAAUGUGAGAGAUGUUUAGGACCACUUAGAAAGUUGUCGGAAAACACAGUUUUCAAUUGAUCAAAUAAGAGUGAGAUCAGAUAACUGUCUUUCCUCGGUAA